UUUAGAUCUUUCAAACUCCUCCACCCCUUCUCACAAGAACUGUUGACAACAAAAACACAUCAAAAAUCAGUAGAAUGGUUGGUGUGUUUCUUCGUGCCCACAGUUGUCGUGCUAUUGUUUCCAUCGCCCUUGUCAUUAGCAGACCCUCCCUGGCAUUUACUACGACUGCCACACGUUCGUUUACAUCCACCACCAGUCUCGCCAUGUCCAAGAAAGUGUUGGUUCCCAUCGGGGAAGGAUCCGAGGAAAUUGAGACUACCUGCAUCACGGAUACAUUGACCCGUUUUGGUGCCGAUGUCACCAUUGCCUCUGUCAUGAAUGGAGAGCUGGUCUGCAAGAUGAGUCGAGGAAUCAAGGUCAUGGCAGAUGCCACAAUUGAAGAUGCCGCAAAGGAGGAAUGGGACCUCGUAGCCCUUCCCGGUGGAAUGCCUGGAGCCACACACUUGAAAGUUUCCAAAGCGCUCACGUCCAUUUUGGAAAAACAAAAGGGCGCCAAAAAGCUGUACGGUGCCGUGUGCGCCUCUCCGGCCGUCGUCUUGGCAUCCCAGGGCUUUUUGGACGAAUCCGUUCCUUCCACCUGCUACCCCGCACCCGGUUUUCGCGACAAUCUCAAGAUUGUUUCCGAUGACAAGGUCGUCAUUGCCGACAAUGUAGUGACCUCGCAAGGACCUGGAACUUCACUCUUGUUUGCCCUGGCCCUGGGUGAGAAACUGUAUGGCAAAGAAAAGAGAGAUGAAAUUGCCAAGCAAAUGUUGGUGGACUAAUCUCAAAAAGAAAAUGAAUGGUGAAGAAAGCCUCGGUUACACGCCGUCUACUCUUCCUUUCGCUAUUCGCUUCUCCAGGCUGAUAGCUACAAUACACUUGGCGACAAUCUACAAGAUGUUUGUUGUUUUACAACAGGCAGAUCACUUUGCUGCUGUUCCUAACACCUAUAAGUCUUCCUUAUAGAGCUGGAAUAUGGAUCGUUUCCUUCGCACUGCCGUUUUGUAAUGACUUGCCUCGUGGUUAGUUAUUUGAGUGUUGUCACCAAUCAGCUCAUAUUCCUUUGCAAUCCAUCCGUAGAGAACUUGGGUGGAUCCUUCUUUCCAGGCAUAGCCUGAUGUUGGGGAUACUAAAUGACGGCCUUCGUCAACCUCGAAAUCGCUUUGCGUGGUGUACUCCUUGACUGCGUCAAAUAGGCACCAUCCUCGAAUCUUGACAUUGUGGUGUAGUUUAAUC